UGUCACAUAUAUUAUAAUUUUUCAGUACUAUAGUAAACAUCGGAACAGCUUUGUCAUGAAUUAGCGCGAGGAUCGAAGUUCGUAACACGUCGAAGUGAUUGAGAUAUCAAAAAUGAUAACAUUAGUGGAUUGUAUUGCUGAACAUUAAAGCUGACGAAGUAUCAAACAAUGUUAAUUGCAAGAAAAUGCCAUGGACUCACUGGAGUUGUCAGUUUGCUCUCACGUGAUAUAUAUUCCAGUCUUAAGUUAUUGAGUUGUACAGCUGUAAAUUUUAGAUCAUGUAUAGAAAUUCAUACAGGUUCUUCUUCUAUAGUUCAAACUAAAUAUAAAUAUGAAGCAAAUCACAAUAUACAUAGGACUACUUUUUCUUCUUCAAGAAUGAAAAAUAUAUUGACUUGUAUCAAGUUAACAGAUUUACAGCAGAGGAGAUACUUGAGUAUUGCUGCAAAGCUAGUCAAUAAUGCCUCACCCAAAGUACAACCAUACAUGAAGCUUAUGAGGAUAGACAAACCAAUAGGAAGCUGGCUGCUAUUUUGGCCUUGUGGAUGGAGUAUUGCCAUGGCAGCUCCCGCUGGUGCCUUACCAGAUUUCCAUAUGUUAGCACUUUUUGGUACAGGUGCAUUCAUAAUGCGUGGUGCAGGAUGUACCAUAAACGAUAUGUGGGAUCGGGACAUUGAUAACAAGGUAGCCAGAACGAAAGAUAGACCUCUAGUAACUGGUCAAAUAACGCCGCAACAGUCAUUAAUGUUUCUAGCUGGACAAUUAAGUCUGGGAUUGUUUAUACUGUUACAACUAAAUUGGUACAGCGUAUUCCUUGGUGCUAGUUCAUUAGGUCUAGUAAUAAUUUAUCCUCUUAUGAAAAGAAUAACGUACUGGCCACAAUUAAUUUUGGGAAUGACUUUUAAUUGGGGUGCAUUAUUAGGAUGGUCGGCUAUACAUGGAUCAUGCGAUUGGUCUAUCUGUCUGCCACUCUAUGUAGCUGGUAUUUGUUGGACUAUUCUGUAUGAUACGAUAUAUGCUCAUCAAGAUAGAAUGGAUGACAUUCUGUUAGGUAUGAAGUCAACCGCUAUAAAGUUCGGGAAAGACACGAAAUUUUAUUUAUCUGGGUUCGGAAUAGUAAUGAUCUCGAGUUUAAUUACCUCUGGUAUAUUAAUCACUCAAACGUGGCCUUAUUAUAUCGCCGUUGGAUUAAUUGCAACGCAUAUUACCAAUCAGAUAUAUACUUUAAACAUUAAUAAUCCUACGGAUUGUGCCAAGAAAUUUAUAUCCAAUCACAGAGUAGGCAUGAUACUGUUUACUGGUAUCAUAUUAGGAAAUUUGAUGAAGGCACUUGCGGAAAAAGAAAAUAAAGAAGAAACAAAUUACCAAAGUAUAACACUAAAUGAAACCAAAAACAGGGAAGAUUUAUAAUUAAGAAUUUUAAUCUAGCAUCUUUAAAUUAAGUUAUAUGAAACUAAAAAUACUAGUAAAAUUAUUCAAUUCAAAUGCCAUGUGUUAAAAUUUUUAGAUGUAUCAUCUCAAAUAUAGAUAAUAUCUCAUACUGCUUGCAUUGUUGAAUCUAUAUUUUGGUAUAUACUGUAAUAUGAAUAUUAAUAAUAUAAUAUAGUUAAAUCAUGUUUAUCUUUUGAAGUCAGAAAUAAUAGUUCCUAAGAGCAGAAUAGAAUUGAUGUUCAAAAAUAAUUGUAAGAUUGUUAUUAGAUAGUAAAUAUACCUUAUAUAUUAUGAAA